AUGUUUGUCGCUCAGGUGGCCGCCGACAUUUUUAACAGCAAAGUUAAUUUCGAGCUUGGCUUUCCACACAGGCCAACAAUUCUUGAGGUGACCCGAGCCACAGAGGCCGCAUUCUCGAACGAGAUUGCCCUUCGUCGCCCAGAAAAUGUCCCACCACAUAAUUUUCACGUGGCCAAAAUAAAGGUAUACGAUGAGGAGAAAAGCAAAUGGGUAGAUUUGCUUUCUGAAGGACAGUUGUUUGACUACUGCCAACUAUACGCAUUCCAGCCAGAGAACCCAUGGCAUAAGGAAAGCCAGAAGGAGAUUCCGGCAGCAGUAAAACCACCAACCUCUGCGCAACGUUAUCCAGUGAACAAUUCUACCGCUGGUGCAGUUGUAGCAGCAACAGCAGCAACAUCAGCAACACGCGGUACUGCAAAUGGUGGAUCAUCACAAGGUGCCCUUGCACCUUACACUGGUAGCCGUACGCCAGGAAGUCAACGUGGUGAACCACAAUCUGCUCGCCGUACAUCAUUUCAAGCAAACACAUCUGGUGCGCUUAUUCCCAAGGUACCUGUUGAAGCCACACAAGAGGAGAAGGUACGCGUUUUAUUUGCAGAGUUGGAUAUUAAGGGUAACCGAGUGUUAGAACUAGAAGACUUUAAGCAGGGUUUCCGUACAUUUAACCUUGAUUUUUCGGCCGCUACAGUGGAAGACCUCUUUGAGAAGGCAGAUACAAACCGUGAUGGAACUAUAUCCUUCUCGGAAUUUGAACGCUUUGCUCGUCUCUACCCAAUUAUGACCGAUUGCCUAUACUUCCGCUCCAAGGCGUUCUGGGAUGAGGAGCAAAUUAAGCGUGAGAUAGAAGCUGAGCGUCUUGCGGUGAGGCAGGCGGAGCAGGCGGUUGAGUUGGCACGCAAAGCUGUGGAGGAUGCGGAGCAGGACGUUGACGUUUCCAAGGCCGCCGUUGUCGCUGCGGAGGCAGACUUGAAGGACCGAACCGACCGCCUCCGUGAUCUCACACGGGAUAUGGACAAUGCAAAGCGUGAAAAGGAGCGCGCAAUCCGCGAGAAGAAGGAGCGGGAGAAGGAACUGCUGGAUGUGAAGGAGCGCGAGAAGGAAAUGCGGAAGGCCGCCCAGGAGGUCGCCCGCGAUGCGGAGAAAUUAGACCGCCGGGCGGCCGCACUCGACGGCGAGGCCGCAAGCGCAGACGAUAAAGUCCGUCAGCUGGAAAAGGCACUCGACGAGGCACGACGCGCCGCCGAACGUGCCCGACUCGCUGCCGAACAGGCCGCCCGCGAUGCCGCAGUGGGAAAAGAACGCGCACGCGAUGCCACAAAAGACGCCGAUGAAGCCGCACGAGAUGUGCCACGUGCCGAAGACGCCGUGAGAAUCGCCGAACGCAACGUUUCUGCCGCUGACCAUAACGCCCGCGAACUAGAGGGGAUGGGCCGAGAUCUUUCUCGCGAGGCAGAAGAGGCUGCCCUACGGCGCGACCAGAGUGAGAAGGCGGUGGAGGAUGCCAAAGGACGCCUCCGCACAAGGGAGCAUCAGCUAGAUGAUGUCAAACAUCAGGUGGAUGAAAGAGAACAGGCGGCAAAACAGAAGGAAGCGGAACUGGUGGAACAGAGAAAACAACGCGAGCUCGUUUCUCAGCAUGAGCGCGCAUUAAUAGAGCAAGAAUUACGCCUGCGAGAGCAGCGUGAUAGUUUGGAAGAGCGGGAGACUAAACUCAUGUCGGAGGCAAGCAGUUUUUUGGGUAACCUUCGUACACAAUUACAGGGGGGACGCUCCUAUUCACGUGAUUGA